UACACACACACUACUGUGCAAAAGUUUUUGGACACUAGUAUUUUAAUUUAAUUUUAUUUGUUAAAUAAACUUGGUUUACUGUUAUGUGUCUAAACGUUGGGCCGUCUCAGUUAUAAUACUAAUGGGUAAAUUUUCUGUUUGGUGACUUCUUUUUACUUUUACAGAACUGGUUGCCUCCUGGGUAUAAAUAUCACUUGUGCACCUAUCGUUUGUGCACUACAGAAGGCGACUCACACCUGGACCACACAAGUUUUGAGGCAUCACUAAGAAUUGCAUUGACAGAAAUUUGUGAAGUAAAGGAAUGGGUGGGAAAGCUUAGUGAAUCAUCACGAGUGAGUUGGAGAGUGGCAGUGACAAAACCAAAUAAGGGACAACGUGUACUUUAUAAGGCUCAUUACAGGUGCCAGCACAAUGUUUAUGUCCGAUCAGACACGGCUAAUCAAAGGCGGCUAUCAAAAAAUACAUGCUGUGAGGCAAAAAUGGUUUGCACUCUGGUGAAGACUACAGACAAAAGGGGAGGAACUAGUAGGAGCAUUGAUCCCCAUAUACCUACUUACCCAACUUCGGUGCGUUUGUACAAUGUACACAAUCAUAACAUCUUUGUUGCGGAGGCACUGAGGCACAAGGAUGUAGGGGUCAAGGCAAUUGAAACCCUGACACAGUUGUUUGAGGUUGUGCACAGUCCAACGACAGCUCUGGCUGUACUUAAAAGUGACCUGUUGGCUGAGCAUGGCAACAAAUAUGUAUACGUCUCAGCCAACCGUGCCAUUUGCCCAGACCUUCAGUUUUGCUACAGAUACAGGAAGUUCCUGACCUAUCUACAGAAUCUUUACAGUCGACGUGAGAGUUGGGCUCUCAGUUAUAGGAGGGACUUGCCAACACGUGGCAACCAAACCAAUAACUAUGUGGAGGCUGCAAUGCGUGUCUUGAAAGACAAAAUACUUCAUAGGACAAAAGCAUUCAACCUGCCUCAAUUAUUCAACCUUUUCAUUACCCGACUAGAGAUGUACUAUGAAGCACGUGUGACAGACGUUGCUCUUGGCCAUUGGGAGGCAUUCCACCGGUCAAGAUUUCUUGCUACACAAAGUAAUAUCAAAGCAUCUGAUAUUUCUCAGGUUGGAGAAAAGAAAUUUCAGGUGAGAUCAUCCACAUCAGGGCACACAUAUACAGUGGACAUGGAGUUGGAGCUCUGCACUUGUCCAGUUGGCCAUAGUGGGGCACCAUACAAACACCAGGCAGCAGUAGUGCAAAAUUACAACAUCACCUCCAUCAACUUUCUUCCCACAACAGCUGAAAUGAGGGCUGAGCUGCUGAAAAUAACAAAAGCCUCAGUUUCUCUUGACUUUCUAAACCCUUUACGGCAAAAUAUGCCAACGCCUAGCACAUUAGCUCCAGACAUGCCUCCGAAGCAAGAAACCUGCACUUCUGAUCAUCAGUAUCAUCUCAGUGCUGAAGAUGAUGGUCAGUAUAAAGGGAGGGAUGAGUCACGUCAGCUGGACCUGUCUUCGACCAGCUCUACACAACUGCAACAGAUAUCACCUAUGCAAGGGGACCCAUACUCCAACCAUCCCUGUGUUCAGGGUAACUCAGAGGGAGCAUCUUUACCUCAGUCUCCUGUGAAACGGAUGCUGAGACUGCUCAGUGAAAUGGCUGAAAACCCAGACUACAGUAAUGCCAUGUCUAAAAUGGCCAAGCAGCUUGAAAAGAUGCAGCACAACCAGACCCAACUGAUCUCUGCAUUUUACUGCUUUGGUAAAGGGAUGUCUGUAUCAAAACGUGCAGCAGUAUUAAGACGAGCUGCUAGACGACCAGGUCCUAUUAUUGGCUGUCAGCCAACAGCAGUGGCCAGAAGAACAGCUAAGACUGGUUCUAGGCAGCGUUUGACAGCUGGACGCCCCAGAAAAUGCAGUUCUGGUUCAGAGCAUGACUACAGCAGAUAUACAGGGAAAAGGGCUGUCAGGGUUCGCCACAAAUUGUCAGAAUCUGUGGCAAUGAAUUACUCACAUCAAGCAUAAAAAUAUUUGGGUGAGUGUGUGUGUGUGUGUGUGUGUGUGUGUGUGUGUGUGUGUGAGUGUGUUUAAAAAUGGUUAUUUAGUAGAUUAGUUAAUGCAAACAUAGUAUUAUUUAUGAAAUUUAGAUCCAGACUGCAGGUUAUGUAGCCAUUUUUUAAAUCAUUUUUGGAAACUUGUUAAAAAUAUUAACUGCACAGAACAUUUUUUCAAAAGUUUUUAUAGCAAUUGUGAAUUGCAUGUAAUGUUUUUGUGUACCAGGACAUUUUUGUAUUUUAUCUAUGUAAUUGAUAAAUAAAGCAUUCUAUGGCAAGUCAGCAAGUUGAU